AUUUAUUUAUUUAUUUAUUUUAAAAUUCCCGAAUCCGGAUACUGCUCGUUGACACUAAAAGCUCUACUAGUUGCAGAUCUGGCGCCAAAAUUAAAAAAAAGGAAAAAUGUGGAUUGCCGGUUGGCUCUGCUUAGUAUUCGCCGCUGCUAUUAGCGCCGCCUCAUCGGAGGAUCCCGAGCUUGGUUCUGCUCGUGUCGUUUUCCAGACUAACUAUGGAGAUAUAGAGUUCGGAUUUUACCCUAAUGUGGCGCCACAAACUGUAGAGCACAUUUACAAGCUGGUUCGACUUGGAUGCUAUAAUACGAAUCAUUUCUUUCGGGUGGAUAAAGGAUUUGUUGCACAAGUGGCAGAUGUAGUAGGAGGAAGAUCAGCUCCAAUGAACGAAGAGCAAAGAAAAGAGGCUCAAAAAACUGUAAUUGGUGAAUUUAGUCAUGUUAAGCAUGUUAGAGGCAUACUUUCUAUGGGCAGAUAUUCUGAUCCAAAUAGUGCAUCAUCUUCAUUCUCAAUACUUCUGGGAGAUGCCCCUCAUCUUGAUGGUCAGUAUGCAAUAUUUGGUAAAGUUACUAAAGGGGAUGAUACUCUUUCAAAGCUUGAGCAAGUCCCUACUCAUCGUGAGGGAAUUUUUGUGAUGCCAACUGAGCGUAUCACAAUUCUUUCCUCAUACUACUAUGAUGCAGUGAUAGAGACAUGUGAAGAGGAAAGAUCGAUUUUGAGACGAAGACUUGCUGCAUCUGCCAUUGAAAUUGAGAGACAGAGGAUGAAAUGCUUUCCAUGAUUUCAUCAGCAAGAUCUGGAUCAGCAAGAACUACUACAGUUAAUGUAAGUUAUAUAGCUCUUGUGAUACUUGUACAUGUUCAAAAAUAAAUGUAAUUAUUAUUAACCAAAGAAACCAUUUUACAACCUUUUCAAGCGUUCUAAGCUGCCUUCGGGACUAAACAAUUUCUGGAGGCCGUUGCCUUCGGGACUAAACAAUUUCUGGAGGCCGUUUUGUGUUGUCACGAGUUUGUCUCAGAUAUAAGAUGCUAGAAAUGUUACCACUAUGUAAGAGACUAGCUCAAACAAACCCAUGUUUAAUUUGUUAAUGCUGAAUGAGAUUGUAGCAUUUUGGAGCCUGAGUUGGAUAAUAAUUCUUGAUGAUAUGGCCUAGAUCUGUUGCAUCUGGUACUCA